AUGCUUUCUUAUUCGACAAUUCUUCGCAAAUGGUUUUUUACGGGCGAUAUGGCUGAUGCCAUAAGCCCUGAUGUACAUAUAAGUCGCCGUAGGAAAAGAAACUCCAAGUAUGAGGAAAAUUUUGAGGACAUUGACUCGAAGUAUGAAGAUGAAUUCGAUGAAGAUUUUGUUCCAGCAAAGCGAGGACGACUGCUUAAGCCCAAGCCACUUCGAAAUCUUAACUCGUAUGACUCGAUACAACUUGAAGUCACUAAGGAGAAACAACGUAAGACGCCCAUGAGGAAACCAAAACCUACAAGAUCUACGAAGCGAGAUGAAAUCGAGGAAGCAGAGGAUUCUGAGAUGAAGAUGUCAGCAAGGAUGGUGGAUAGAAUAGCUGCAUUGAACGAUGGGAAAAGGACCAAAGUUGUAAUGGCGAACUGCUUCGAAGAUAGAACGGCUCUGGACUGUAUAGACGUUUGUCUGAAAGAAUCGGAAAACAUGCAGGAGGACGCCGUAGCGUUGGCGAUUGCAACGGCCGUAUACAGUCUCCGCGUAGAUCGGACUCACAACGACGCUCAGGAGACGCGCUACACUUUCAUCCGUGGUAAAAGUGAUGCUGAGAAAGCAAUGCUGCUUGCUACCGGCGAAAACAUUGAGAAUGCCAAAGACAAAAGGAAGCGAAAGAAGAAUGAAAAUACCGAUACCUUUGAUUACACAUUCGGCUUGAAAUUUCCACUGAGUGGUAGUUUUCUACAACACUGGAGUUUCACUCAAGAGCUUCUAGAAAGAGUUGAGAGCAGACGCCUUGAUGUCAGGAAAAAACGACGUAAGAGAAAGUUAAUGUCAUGGAAGAAAAUACCACCGUUGGAGUUUUGUACGACAUACACUGAUUUUAUGCGUGAGGACGCCGUAGCGUUGGCGAUUGCAACGGCCGUAUACAGUCUCCGCGUAGAUCGGACUCACAACGACGCUCAGGAGACGCGCUACACUUUCAUCCGUGGUAAAAGUGAUGCUGAGAAAGAUACCGAUACCUUUGAUUACACAUUCGGCUUGAAAUUUCCUCUGAGUGGUAGUUUUCUACAACACUGGAGUUUCACUCAAGAGCUUCUAGAAAGAGUUGAGAGCAGACGCCUUGAUGUCAGGAAAAAACGACGUAAGAGAAAGUUAAUGUCAUGGAAGAAAAUACCACCGUUGGAGUUUUGUACGACAUACACUGAUUUUAUGCGUGUCACAGCAAACCUCGAAUCAGACAGAGUUGAUGCGCUAGCUACUUUCCAAGCACGUAGAGACAUCUCGGGGAAGGUCAUCAUUCUGCAUGACGCGAUGGUUAGAAGGCCUGUUCCACAGAGCCGAUACUGCGACGACAUUGAACUCGCAACAGUUAAACGCUGCCAAGAUAUGUUGGCCAACGCGUUGCAAAAGGAACCGAUAACUUGGGAGCAUUUUAUGCUCGAGGAUAAUCCACUGUUGUAUAAAACAGGGCAGUAUUUGAGGACAGGAGAUAUGACUGGUUACGUUCUCCAGGAGCGCCCGUUUUAUCAUCAUUUCGACCCGGAAGAGGAAUCUUGUGAUGAUCCCAGAGAUAGGUAUAACUGUGUUGAGAAGAAUGCGGACAAGACUCUCUAUACCUUCAAAAAGCCACCCAAAGGAACAGCAUUCGGUAGAUUGGCACCGCUCAUUCGGGUUCCUGUAAACAAGUAUGCCAAUCCUAGGAACAGAAAAAUUGAAGACAUAUAUUUCAAAGAGGAUAUCGAAGUCAAACAUCUUGAAGAUGAAAGGAGCAAGCUCGAUCUUGUAAAACUCACUGCUGAUGCAAGAAAGCAGCUAGAGAACCAGAAAAUUACAGCAGCGGACAUGCUACUGGUCAAUUUUCGGGUCUCUCCAUCAACGGCUGUGGAAAGUUCCCUAGCUGAUUUUGAAGGAAUAGAAGAGUCUUCUACUGUCGGCGGUGGUUCUCUUAUCAAGCGAUUAAAAGCUGAGCAUGAGAGGCAGAAUGCCGUUUUUGAAAAUCUUCGGAAUGAGCUGACACAAACGGCACGAUUGCGAUGCAACAGCGUGGUUAAGGAGUGUUGUGAUGCCAGAGCAAACCUUUCCAGCGAUGCUGACGAAGAGGAGGUUGACGAAGAAGAUAUCAAGGAAUGGAAGACUUCGCGUUUUCUUGACCUCAUUGAGCCUCCGAAGGAGAAGACUUUCCUUGACACUUUGCAAAAUAUAUUUUCCAAGGCAUUUGAAUUACCGCGUUCAAACGACAGUAAAUCUGAAGACCGGAAACAAAUGGUGACAUCAAUUCUUGGUGCUGGUUCCGAUGUCGUGGAAAAGUGUGGCAUACAUACCGAGCGAAUAAAAACCAUGGGACGUGCAACCUAUCAUAUGAAAGUGUUCAAAUUCAGAGUAACUGUUGAGCAAGCCCAUGAAAGUUUGAGGUAA